GUCGUCAUCGCAAGUCACAUCUGCCUCCUGCAAGGGCAAACAGCUGGAGCUCUCCAAACAGCUCGUGCAAAGUGUCCACAAUCUGCAACAGAUCGAUCUCUGACAAUCUGCGAUUCAGUUUCUACACUCUACUAAGCCUCACAGUUCUGCACGAGUCGAGAGUCACCACAAUGCCGCCAGUUCCUGUUCACAUUGACGCGCCCAUAACGCCACAGAAACCAGCGAACACAGUUCCAGAAGCAUCGACAACACAGCAGCAGCCUCCAUCUUACCCUCCCGCUCAGCCCGGCGCACCAGCAGUCCCAGCUCCCACAGGCGCAGCCCCAACGCCAAAUCGCUACCAACCACAGCCCACACGAACGUCAGACUCCACGAGCAAUUAUGGACCACCGCCUCCACAACCCGGCGCCGUGCCAGUGCCUACUUCACAACAGCAGUCCGCACCAGUAACGAGCCUCCCACCUCCACCCAAAGCCGGCGAAGCAGCAAAGUUUCUCGAACAACACCAACAACAACAGCCACCUCCUCCAGCCGUGACAGCUAUGCCGCCUCAAAUGGCAAUGUCCCCGCCCGAACAGAACUACGCUCCCACACAUACGACAAACGCUCAAAGCCCUACAAGAGCAGGAGGAAACAACAGCGGUCCCAAAACAUUGAACUUUGGCGCCGUAUCACCCAUAGCAGGGGGAAUCGCUCCUCCAAGCCAUCCUCCAGGCUACCAACAAAAUGUUAUGGCGCAAGAGAUGUCUUCUGCUGCGAGAGCAAGUCUAGAUGCAGAAGAACAUCGAAAUGGGUCGUUCAGUGGAAUUGGAGGAGUACUUGGUGGAGCAGGAGGAAAUGCGAGCGCAGGCAGCGCAGGAGAAGGAACCAUGUGGGAUACUAUGAAGAAUUACGCGAGCACCAUUUCACAGUCUGCGAUUGAGGCGGAGAAGAAAGUCUGGGAGAGGAUAAAUAAGAAAGGGUGAUGGGUAUGCAGAAGAGGAGGACGCAGAGGUCAAAGAGAUGAGCAUAUGAAGAGCAGCGAUCAUGAUGCCCCGGCGUGUACGAGUACAAAAGAUCUUGUGUGUUUAGAGUAGACUCGAAAGUAGCUUCGCGCGCACGAAGACGCUGAAAGUACCCAAG